GGCACUGCACUGCCCAUGAUUCUGUGAUUAUCAUUUUAAGUCAAAUAAAUCGCAAAUUUUCAGAUCUUUAUUUUAUCUAAUUAUUCAAGAUAAAAUCGUGAGUCCCCAUGAGAAACGCGACAUGACUCUGCAUCUGAACCGAUCAAUAAUUUCUGGAUUCUGACCUAGAUCUCCGCCACGUGUCUCCUGUAUCAGACCGCCAAAUCCCCCACCCGUUUCCUCAGUUUAAAACCCCUUCCCCCGCACUCAACUCUUCUCAUACCACCCCCUCCAAAGAGGCCUUGAGAGAGAUAGAGAAACAUGAUGAACGGAAAGAAAACACUGGCGGAGGCGGCGAUACAGCUGCCGGAGACGAAGGUGGCGGCAGCGGCGGAGGAGAGCGUAACAAAUAGCGGGUCACUAGAGUCGGCGAGGAGAAAACUUGAACUCAUACACAUUGUUCUGAGGCUGGCCUGCCUCUCCACCGCCGUGGCUUCACUUUCUCUGAUGGCCACUGCCGAGGAAGCUUCCACCGUCUCCAUCUACGGCUUUAGCCUCCCUGUCUACUCCAAGUGGUCUUUCGCUGAUUCCUUCGUGUAUCUGGUAGGAGUUUCAGCAGCUGCUGCAGCUCACUCUGUGGUUCAAUUCCUCAUCAGUACGUCAAGGUUGCUGCAUAAGUCUCCGGUUAUUCCUUCUCGCAGUCAUGCCUGGAUUAUUUUCGCUGGGGAUCAGGCAUUUGCAUAUGCAAUGAUGAGUGCUGGAUCAGCUGCAUCAGGCGUAACGAACCUGAACCGCACCGGAAUCAAACAUUCGCCAUUACCAAAUUUCUGCAAGCCCUUACACAGCUUCUGCGACCGUGUUGCUGUUUCCAUAGCCUUCACUUUUGUCAGCUGCGGCUUGCUCACUGCCUCAAUUGUGGUUGAUGUAAUUUGGCUAUCCAAAUGCUGAUGAACAUUGCAUUGCUUCCUUCCUUCACAUUUUAUGUUAUGUUAGCUGUUAUCGGAAUCCUUUUUUUUUUUUCCUAUCAGAAUGGUCAAUGUCUCUGCUUCUAUGCAAAACCAUGGCGCUCGGUGCAACCUUUGCAAAGAACAAAAAUGGCCUUUGUGUUUUGUGAUGUUCUUGUACAUUGGUCAUUGUACAAUAAACUUGUCAAAAUUGCACCUUACACA